AAAUGCAAAGAGAGCAUCAAUAACUUAAAUAUUAGAAAGCUGCACAUGAUUCAAACUCUCCGAAAGCAAAAAAGCUACAACAACCAGCCUACAAAUGGUUUCUGAAUGCAGCUAUGCUUCCAAUUAGUCCUGCUCAAUUUUGGUCCAGAGUUUCUAUCGCCUGCCAUGGACAACCUAUUGCAGUUCUUCCUUGUUUUCGCUUCCCUCAGUAUUUGUGCUACUUCAAACAAAGUUGCAGAGCCGUAUGUUGUCUACAUGGGUAGCAUAGAAGGUGGAGACCAUGAUGCUCUACAAGCAGAACACCUGCAAACGUUAUCCUCUGUCAUUCCAAGUGAUCAGAAAGAAAGGGUAUCUCUAAUACAAAGUUACCAUCAUGCAUUCAAGGGAUUCUCGGCCAUGCUUACUCAAAAAGAGGCUUCAUUAUUAUCUGGUUAUGACAAUGUGGUAUCAGUUUUCCGAGAUCACAUUCUUCAACUUCAAACUACACGAUCUUGGGAUUUCUUAGAUGAAGAAUCUGGUAUUGGAUCACCACGACUCCGCAGUAAAGCGUCUAAUGAUGUUAUAAUUGGCAUAAUUGAUACUGGAAUAUGGCCAGAAUUGCCUAGUUUUAACGAUAAUGGGAUGAGCAUGAUCCCAUCAAGGUGGAAAGGAACCUGCAUGGAAGGAUCUGAUUUCAAAAAAUCUGAUUGUAAUAGGAAGCUGAUAGGUGCAAGAUACUAUACUAGUCAAGUAGUAUCCAUCCAACCACCAUCAAAUGACCCCCACGUUAACAAAGUAAAUACUUUUGGAUCACCAAGAGAUAGUGUAGGUCAUGGAACACACACAGCGUCCACAGCUGCUGGCUCAAUGGUAUCAAACGCUAGCUACUAUGGCAUAGCAGGAGGAGUAGCCAAGGGAGGUUCUCCUUCAAGUAGGCUCGCCAUGUACAAGGCAUGCUCACUCGGUGGAUGUGCUAGCUCUACUGUGUUAAGAGCAAUAGACGAUGCUAUUGAUGAUGGUGUCGACAUAAUCUCAAUAUCAAUAGGAAUGAGCUCUGUAUUUCAGUCUGAUUAUCUAAGUGACCCCAUCAGCAUUGGUGCAUUCCACGCUAACCAGAGAGGUAUAUUGGUUGUUUGUUCGGGUGGAAAUGAUGGGCCAGAUCCAUAUACAGUGGUCAAUUCAGCUCCAUGGAUUUUCACAGUUGCAGCUUCAAGUAUUGAUAGGAGUUUUCAGUCAACAAUUGUUCUCGGCAAUGGAAACAUGUUCAAGGGAACAGCUAUAAAUUUCUCCAAUCAUAGUGAAUCAGUGACAUAUCCCCUUGCUUAUGGUGGCGAUGUUGCAGCAGAGUUAACACCGAGAUCAGAAGCAAGUAAUUGUUAUCCUGGAUCAAUCGAUGCUGAUAAGGCUGCUGGAAAGAUUUUAGUAUGUGUCAACACUGAUCCAUCUGUGACAAGGCGUAUAAAGAAGUCGGUAGCUGAAGGAGCAAAAGCUAAAGGGAUGAUUCUUAUGGAUGAGGUCGAAAAAGAGGUGCCAUUUGAUUCAGGCAGUUUCCCAUUCUCACAGAUUGGAAAUGAUAUGGGAGAUCAAAUUCUUCGUUAUAUUAACUCUACUAGAAAGCCUUCUGCUGUCAUUCUACCAACUGAGGAAGUGAAGGAGUUCAAACCUGCACCGGCCGUUGCUUACUUCUCUGCCAGGGGUCCUGGAGCACUCACUGAAUCUAUUCUUAAGCCUGAUGUGAUGGCUCCGGGCGUUAGCAUUUUGGCAGCAUCAAUUCCUUCGUCUGAUGGUGUUCCUGUAGGGAAAAAACCAUCAACCUUUGCUAUCAAAUCAGGAACUUCAAUGGCUUGCCCACAUGUAGCUGGUGCUGGUGCCUUUGUGAAAUCUGCUCAUCCAAGGUGGUCUGCCUCAAUGAUAAGAUCUGCACUCAUGACAACAGCUUCUGUAACAAACAACCUUGGAAAGUCCCUCACAAGCAACUCAGGUGCUAGUGCAAACUAUCAUGACACGGGAGCAGGAGAGAUAAGUCCACUUAGAGCUCUGAGUCCAGGAAUAAUCUUUGAAACCACCACAGAAGACUACCUUAACUUCCUCUGCUACUAUGGCUACAAAAACCAAGCAAUAAGAACCAUUGCGGGCACCAACUUCAGCUGUCCAAUUAACCCCUCGCCAGACCUAAUAUCCAGCAUCAAUUAUCCUUCCAUCUCUAUUGCAAAGUUGGAAGGCAAGAAUCAAGCAGUGACAACUGUCAGCAGAACAGUGACAAAUGUCGGACCACCAAAUUCCACAUACACUGUUUCUGUGGAUGCUCCAACUGGAUUAAUAGUGAAGGUUUCACCUGAGAGGUUAGUUUUCACAAGGAGAGGGAUGAAGGCUUCCUACCAUGUCAAUUUCCAAGCUACGACAAUGAGCAAAGGAUAUGCAUAUGGGUCCAUAGUAUGGUCAGAUGGAGCUCACAAGGUUACAACAGUAUUUGCAGUCAAUAUUAUGUAAUCCAUUGUCUGUACAAUUUGAUCGAGUUUUUUUCUUCCCCUUUUUCCGAGUUUUGUCCUCCUACAUUAAUCUCUUCUGGUGCCUUCAUUUUCUUUAUAUCUUUUGUUUUUCUAUUAUAACUUUUGCUUUCCUGUGGAA